AUGUCGGCCGAGGAGCUGGUGAGAGGCGCGUGCGAGGAGAGCGAGCUCAUCAGUGCCCUCAAGAACGCCGGCCUCGCCACGGACCAGGAGAGGCUGGACGAGUACGCGGACCGAUUCCUCGAACACAUAGAGCACAUACAGGAGGUCUGCAAACUGCUCCGCCACAUAGCCACGACAGACUCGCUUCAGGUGGCCGCGAAAUACGGCGAGAUCAACCUGCGCAUCUACGGCCCGCAGGUGGUGACGGCGGCCCCAAACCCGUCCCUUCCCCGACCCCCAAAUCGUAAGGAGAAGCCCGAAGGUGAGGCCCUCUGGGCCUUUUUGGUGGGCGAUGUGAAGAGUCUGACCAAGGACAUUGGCGACCAGAUAGCUGCCGAGAGUAAGCCGCCAGAGAAGCAGGUGUAUAUGUCUCUGCCGCGCCCGGGGAAACACGGCACCACACCCAAGCCCCCGAAGCCAACCAAGCUAGAUCAGGAAGAACAAGCUAAACUUGCCAAGUCUGGCUUGGAUAUGAAGCUCAUGGCCUCCGAGGUGGAUCAAGAGACGGAGAAGUGGGAGGAGCGCAUCACCCAGGACGAGGACAACGACAUCGUGAAGCGGGCCAAGAACAUGUCGUCCAUGGCUUUCUCCAUGUACCAGUUCACGCGGGGGGAGGGGGCGCUGAAGACCACGCAAGACCUCUUCACGCAGGGGGAGUACUUCGCCGAAGAGGCCAACAGACUCUACAAAGUCGUCAGACAGUUCUCCUAUCAGGUUCCGGCCGGCCCCCACAAGAAAGAACUGAUGGAGCACCUGGACCAGAUCCCGACCUACGUUCAGCAGCUGCAGUUCACAGUGAAAAACCCAACAGUGGGCAAGGCCGCCACCUUCACCAAAGUGGACAACGUCAUACAGGAGACCAAGAACCUUAUGAACGUGAUAUCCAAGGUGGUCACGACGUGUUUCGUCUGUGCAACUAAGUAUGAGCUGCGUCUCCCUGAGCGGCUGGAACUCCCUUCAUUGGACGAGGUUCGGGCAUCAAGCCAAGGCAACCCUAUUGGACAGGUACCAACACAGCCACAUCCACUAGUGUCACCUCCUCUGACAUUCAGACCUUCCCUCAUGUCAAACCUUCCUUCUUGCCAGUCUUCCUUGACACUGGGUGCCCCUCCAGUGCCCACUCCCAUUCCCCAGACAGUACCUCUUCCAUCACACAUACCACAGAAGUCUCCCCUGGGGCACCUCAUGUCCAGCACUCUUACCUCUCCUCUCCAUGUCCCUUCCAUCCCCACACUCCAGCCACAUGUCCCUCCCCCAUCCCCCUACUCCCUCCUGUCCCCCAUAUCCUCUCCUACUCCACCUGUCAACCCAAGUUCUCCACAGUGGUUGAAGUACAUCACCCUACCAUCCUCUGCCCUCUAUGCCUCUCCCACGCUCCAGUACCUGAAUCUCCACCAUUCUGCUCUCCAACCCCAGCAGCAAUCCCCCUUAUCUCCCUCAGGUCCAAUCAGUUACACGGAAACAAAUAGCUCACUCUUCCCACAGUGGGGGGCACCCUAUGCGACGCCUCCCCUAAAAAGCGUUGGUAGUGACACCCAAAAUUAUUUUUACGAGCAAAGUAUUAUUGACAGGUCGCAGUUAAACAAGCUGUCUACAUUACUCAGUAUGCAGAAUCAAUAUUCAUCCUUGAAUUUUGCUCCUCUUAUAAAUCAGAAUACCAUAGAAUGAUGCAAAUUGUUUAAUCUAUUAUUCAGAUGUUAUUCACUGUUUAUAUGUAAUGUUACCUUUCAUAUCAGAUGUUUGCUUGUUAUACUGUUAUAGGUUAUAAAGUGCCUCAUAAAUGCUGGGCUCCUUGUGCAUUUCAAGGGCAUUCUCUUUUGUCUUUCUUUGGAUAUGUGUCACAAUGAAAAAAAAAUCUAGAGAAUUUCACAUGUAUAUCAUUCAUGGUUUAGCAACAGUUGUCGAUUAAUUGUAUUAUUCCAUAUGAUAUUCAAAAUAUUACUGUACACAAAAUGGCAUCACAUGGGAUUGUGGUUAUAUUGUUAGUACCUCUGCUUUCAUAUUUAAAAGAUUUUUUUUUUUUUUUAGCAAUUUACAGAAGCACAAUGACAUCUUUAGCUAUAAUGAAAAGAUAAAAAAGAAAGGCAAAAAGAGUGUUCCUAAAGUAUUGUUCAGCGAGGCUUUUAAUGGUAUGUAAAUAUCACGCAGUAUUGCCAGAAAAAAAAAAACACUUUUAAAUAGAUGGUGUUUUACUACCUCACUGUACAUUGUCAGUAACACUACCUAGGAACACUGAGAUUAACUUCUUGAGCUGACUAAUACAGAGCAGAUUACAAAAUCAUCAAAUAUGGAUCAUUUAAUGGUACACAAAUACAUUAGCUUUUCUGUAGCAUCAUGUAUAGGUUCAGAGAGAGAUAAGAAACACUAGUCAUUAGAAGUAUCCUUUUGGAAUUAAUAGCAUUGUAUAAUUGUCAUAACUUGAGCAGGUUACUUAUAUGUAGAUAGAUUACAUGAACUUUCCGAUGAGACAGUCAUAUCUAUUUUUCUACAUGUCACAUCCAAAUUUGAGAGAUAGAAUGUAAAAGAAAUUUAUCUCCUUUUUUGAUUGUCCCAAGCCUUGUCCCAGUUUAGAAGAAAUAAAGUGUCAGUGUAACCUUU